CUCCCGGCUGGACUACGAUUCCCAACAUGCUCUCCGGGCAGCUGGCCGGCCUCCCCACCAUCCUGGGAUCUGGGGUCUUUGCAAAAAUGAGGUCCCUCUCCGCCCGCUCAGCUUCCCUUUAGAGUUAAGAGUCGGGCACCACCUUGUGAUAGCAAAUUGUGACUUUUCCAAGUUUUUGAUGCAUUCUUCGUUGCUUGUUUUAUUAGGGCCGCAAAAAGCCUCAGGCCAGGGCGCGUGUGGGCGGAGACAGGUUUGAGCCAAUAGCACGGGAGCGGCCCUGUCGCUGCCAUAGCAACGGCGGUCAUUCUCGGGGGACCGGCCGCCCAUUGGGUAGAAUCUUUCGAGAAGGCUCGAGAAGAAGGAAGCGGAAGUGGCACGUGGAGGGGCCAGUGGAGGCGCCGGUGAGUAAAUGCCGCAGAUUCUGGAAAGUUCUGAUCAGUGCAAUACAUAAGGCUGAGGAACUGGGACCUCCCCUUUUGGGUCGGUAGUUCAGCGCCGGCGCCGGUGUGCGAGCCGCGGCCAAGUGAGGCAGGCAGCCUAAGGUGCGGAGCGACCCGCGGAGGCUGAGCGGCGCUUUCUCCCGGGGUUUCUCGUCAGCCAGCCGCCGCUGUUCCCUGGGGAGUCGGAGGCGCCUGACAGGCCGGCUGUCCGUGUGUCCUUCUCAGUGUCAGAGAAGCGGCCAGACCCCGCUGGCCGGAGUCUAACGCUGCCGGGGCAGGAAACGGCGCUAGGAGAAGCAGGCAGGCGGCCGGAGGACGCAGACCCGGACCUGAGGCGGAGGCGAACUGCGAGCCGGCCAUGUCGGUGGUGGGAUUGGACGUGGGCUCGCAGAGCUGCUACAUCGCGGUGGCCCGCGCCGGGGGCAUCGAGACCAUCGCCAACGAGUUCAGCGACCGGUGUACCCCGUCAGUCAUAUCAUUUGGAUCAAAAAAUAGAACAAUUGGAGUUGCAGCCAAAAAUCAGCAAGUCACUCAUGCAAACAAUACGGUGUCUAACUUCAAAAGAUUUCAUGGCCGAGCAUUCAAUGACCCCUUCAUUCAAAAGGAGAAGGAAAACUUAAGUUACGAUUUGGUUCAAUUGAAAAAUGGUGGAGUUGGAAUAAAGGUAAUGUACAUGGAUGAAGAACAUCUAUUUAGUGUGGAGCAGAUAACAGCCAUGUUAUUGACUAAGCUGAAAGAAACUGCUGAAAACAACCUCAAGAAACCAGUAACAGAUUGUGUUAUUUCAGUCCCCUCCUUCUUUACAGAUGCUGAGAGGCGAUCUGUAUUGGAUGCUGCACAGAUUGUUGGCCUAAACUGUUUAAGACUUAUGAAUGACAUGACAGCUGUUGCUUUGAAUUAUGGAAUUUAUAAGCAGGAUCUCCCAAGCCUGGAAGAGAAACCACGGAUAGUGGUUUUUGUUGAUAUGGGACAUUCAGCUUUGCAAGUGUCUGCCUGUGCUUUUAACAAGGGAAAAUUGAAGGUACUGGGAACAGCUUUUGAUCCUUUCUUAGGAGGAAAAAACUUUGAUGAAAAGUUAGUGGAACAUUUUUGUGCAGAAUUUAAAACUAAGUACAAGUUGGAUGCAAAAUCCAAAAUACGAGCACUCCUUCGUCUGUAUCAGGAGUGUGAAAAACUGAAAAAGCUAAUGAGCUCUAACAGCACAGACCUUCCACUGAAUAUCGAAUGCUUUAUGAAUGACAAAGAUGUUUCUGGAAAAAUGAACAGGUCACAAUUUGAAGAACUCUGUGCUGAACUUCUACAAAAGAUAGAAGUGCCCCUUUAUUCAUUGAUGGAACAAACUCAUCUUAAAGUAGAAGAUGUGAGUGCAGUUGAGAUUGUUGGAGGCGCUACACGAAUUCCAGCUGUGAAAGAAAGAAUUGUCAAAUUCUUUGGAAAAGAUAUUAGUACAACACUCAAUGCAGAUGAAGCAGUAGCCAGAGGAUGUGCAUUACAGUGUGCAAUCCUUUCCCCAGCAUUUAAAGUUAGAGAAUUUUCCGUCACGGAUGCAGUUCCUUUUCCAAUAUCUCUGGUCUGGAACCAUGACUCGGAAGACACUGAAGGUGUUCAUGAAGUGUUUAGUCGAAACCAUGCUGCUCCUUUCUCCAAAGUUCUCACCUUCCUGAGAAGGGGGCCUUUUGAGCUAGAAGCUUUCUAUUCUGAUCCCCAAGGAGUUCCAUAUCCAGAAGCAAAAAUAGGCCGGUUUGUAGUUCAGAAUGUUUCUGCACAAAAGGAUGGAGAAAAAUCUAGAGUAAAAGUCAAAGUGCGAGUCAACACCCAUGGCAUUUUCACCAUCUCUACGGCAUCUAUGGUGGAGAAAGUCCCAACUGAGGAAAAUGAAAUGUCUUCUGCUGAAGCUGACAUGGAGUGUCUGAAUCAGAGACUGCCAGAAAACCCAGAUGCUGAUAAAAAUGUCCAGCAAGACAACAGUGAAGCUGGAACACAGCCCCAGGUACAAACAGAUGCUCAGCAAACCUCACAGUCUCCCCCUUCACCUGAACUUACCUCAGAAGAAAACAAAAUCCCAGAUGCUGACAAAGCAAAUGAAAAAAAAGUUGACCAGCCUCCAGAAGCUAAAAAGCCCAAAAUAAAGGUGGUGAAUGUUGAGCUGCCUAUUGAAGCCAACUUGGUCUGGCAGUUAGGGAAAGACCUUCUUAACAUGUAUAUUGAGACAGAGGGUAAGAUGAUAAUGCAAGAUAAAUUGGAAAAAGAAAGGAAUGACGCUAAAAAUGCAGUUGAGGAAUACGUGUAUGAGUUCAGAGACAAGCUGUGUGGACCAUAUGAAAAAUUUAUAUGUGAGCAGGAUCAUCAGAAUUUUUUGAGACUCCUCACAGAAACUGAAGACUGGCUGUAUGAAGAAGGAGAGGACCAAGCUAAACAAGCAUAUGUUGACAAGUUGGAAGAAUUAAUGAAAAUUGGCACUCCAGUUAAAGUUCGGUUUCAGGAAGCUGAAGAACGGCCAAAAAUGUUUGAAGAACUAGGACAGAGGCUGCAGCACUAUGCCAAGAUAGCAGCUGACUUCAGAAAUAAGGAUGAGAAGUAUAACCAUAUUGAUGAGUCUGAAAUGAAGAAAGUUGAGAAGUCUGUUAAUGAAGUGAUGGAAUGGAUGAAUAAUGUCAUGAAUGCGCAGGCUAAAAAGAGUCUUGAUCAGGAUCCAGUUGUACGUGCUCAGGAAAUUAAAACAAAAAUCAAGGAAUUGAACAACACUUGUGAACCCGUUGUAACACAACCCAAACCAAAAAUUGAAUCACCCAAACUGGAAAGAACUCCAAAUGGCCCAAAUAUUGAUAAAAAGGAAGAAGAUUUAGAAGACAAAAAUAAUUUUGGUGCUGAACCUCCACAUCAGAAUGGUGAAUGUUACCCUAAUGAGAAAAAUUCUGUUAAUAUGGACUUGGACUAGAUAACAUUAAAUUGGCUUAUUCCUUCAAUUAAUAAAAUAUUUUUGCCAUAGUAUGUGACUCUACAUAACAUACUGAAACUAUUUAUAUUUUCUUUUUUAAGGAUGUUUAGAAAUUUUGUGUAUUAUAUGGAAAAAGAAAAAAAGCUUAAGUCUGCAGUCUUUAUGAUCCUAAAAGGGAAAACUGCCUUGGUAACUUUCAGAUUCCUGUGGAAUUGUGAAUUCAUACUAAGCUUUCUGUGCAGUCUUAACCAUUUGCAUCACUGAGGAUAAAACUGACUUUUGUCUUUUGGAGAAAAAAACAAACUGUACUGCUUGUUCAAGAGGGCUGUGAUUAAAAUCUUUUAAGCAUUUGUUCCUGCCAAGGUAGUUUUCUUGCAUUUUGCUCUCCAUUCAGCAUGUGUGUGGGUGUGGAUGUUUACAAACAAGGCUAAGUCUGACUCCAUAAGGGCUUUCUAAAAUCAUUUCUGUCCAAUAGAAAAUGACUUUUUGCUUUGAUAUUAAUUCAAUGAGUAAAACAAAAGCUAGUCAAAUGUGUUAGAAGCAUGCAGAACAAAACGUUUAAAAUUUCUCUCUCACUAUACAGUAUAUUGUCAUGUGAAAGUGGAAUGGAAGAAAUGUUGAUCCUGUUGUAACUGAUUGUGAACACUUUUAUGAGCUUUAAAAUAAAGUUCAUCUUAUGGUGUCAUUUCUAAA